ACGUGUCUAUAGCCUCGUCUGUGCCCUUUAUACCUCUGGCGUCUUUACAGUGUAAGAGUAAUAGAACGAAAAACUUCUGUAAAGACUUUACAGGCAAAUAGCACAGGCUGGACACCCCGGGCAGACAGUCCCCCGCGGUGCGGAAUGAUUUUAGGAGUUAUCUAAGAGGACCCCCGCCAGCAGCUGCUCACUUCUCCUGUCACUGAUAGAAUUUUAUUGCAGGUUCCUCAGACAGACGUUGUUUGGAAAACCACAAGAAUACGCUGUAAAUGUCCACCCGGCCCGCUAUUCAUAUGCGAGGGGGAAGCCAUGUUGGGCCCCCACAGAGCAGCCAUCCCCUUCUGUUCUCUAUUGAUCCGGCACACUUCUCAAUGAAAACAAUCACUCAGUGCACUUGUCACUACAUGGAGUCAACACGCGAGAAGAUUCCCGCCGAAUCCACCAAUCAGGAGACACUCCAAUCUGCCCAGCAACAGUCGGCCCCUGCAAGAGAACUCAGCACCACCCAGCAUCACCUGUUCUAACCCGGAAGUGGGGAGCGGCACGGCUUCAAUACAGCAGGUCACAUACUUGGCGUAUCAUGCAGGCACGCUGAAGAAGUAAAUUGAAUGAAUAUUUAUGAAGGGGGCGGAGUCAAUGGGCCCGAGCAGGCAGGAUAAGUAUUCCUCAGAGAGGCUGGAGUCCGCCUCCAUUGCUCAAAGAAGAUCAUCAGAAUUUUUUGAUUAUUACCGUUUUCUCUAGAACGGCACAACAGAUUUUUAUAAGUUUUAGUGUCUUCUCCUCCCCUCGGUUUCUCGUGGCUGCUGUCUCCUCCUCUAUGGGAUGCCCAUGAAGCCAGAGGCUCCUAUCUCACAUAAAGAGUAGUCAUCAUACAGAGAAGACACCGAGGGGCUGCGGACAUCAUCUGCGCUAUAAACCUCACCGUUGUCCCUUUCCGCAAGCUACUAUAAAAGGCUGCUGAAGGAUUCCAGGUACCUGCCUGUAGGACGCCUCACCUGGGACAUUAUGGGGAUGUUAAAUUGCGACGGCGGGGACGAAAAGAGGAACUCUGCUCCGAAACAUCUCCAUACGCCUUUCUCCAUUGCGGAUAUCUUGAGUCAGGCCAAGAGCAAGAAACCAAGCGAGAGUUCGGAGGAGGAGGAGGAGGAUGCAGAUGUGAACUUCUCUUCUGUGGAUAUUGUUCCUGGACCAGAAGAUGAAGCGGAGACAUCUAAUACACACAGGAUUACGGAAUCCGAAGAGGAGAAGUCAGUAAGUGGGGAGGCCCAGCAAGACCUCAGACCUCCCCUGACCAGUUCUAAGCCCAGGCGGGCUCGUACUGCAUUUACCUAUGAGCAGCUGGUGGCCUUGGAGAGCCGAUUCCGCAGUAGCCGCUAUUUGUCGGUGUGUGAGAGGUUGAGUCUGGCGUUGACCCUUCACCUAACGGAGACCCAAGUCAAGAUCUGGUUCCAGAACAGAAGAACGAAGUGGAAGAAGCAGCAACCACCAGGAAGUUCGGAGGGAAGAGGAUGUGGCACUCACAAUUGUCCCAGGAGUCCUGGUCAACAAUUUAUCCCAUCAUUCCCAUCAUACCCCUGUCCCGCACAGCUUCCUCACCUAAGUCCCAGCGCAAAUCACCACUUACCUCCAUUCCCGAGACUUUUCCUCUCUCCUUCCUCCACCAAUCUACAACUUGCGCCAUCAUGCCCAUUUCCCCAACUUGUAAACUCAGUUGGCAUGGCAUCUUUCUACGGCCCAGCCCGCUGAUGACAUCAUCGGUAGAGGUUCAAACAUUCUGAUGUCAUCUUCUUACUGGGGAUUCAGAGGCAUCCUAGUCAUGGUACGACAACUACCAACCAACAAUGAUACGACAACUACCUAUGUAGUUAGUGGUUUCGUAAUUUGAAUAGUAUUGAAAGGACAGUUUCCGAAAUACGUUUUAUGGACAAGUUGAUCCGUAUCUCGAUGCGCAAUACGCCCCUGUCCCGUGUCAUGUGAUAAGGAAUAGCUCUUUGCACUUUUCAUGGUGUGAACAUAGUUGCAUCAUCCAUAGACAAGCCAUUUCAUUGACACUGAGCAGAAAGGGAGGAAGACCACUACGUGCUUAAGGAGCUAUUGGACUUGAUUCUUCUUUUCAAGCCUUAA